AUGAAUGACGCUCUUAAAUUGGCUGUUCAUUGGUACUCUGCAGCUACUGACCAAAUUCCUUGUUUGCUGUGCAACUCUUUCAGGUUUGCACCUUUCGAGUCCUAUGACUCCAGGUCUACACUGGAUGACCGUGAGCUGUUCAGAUCUGGCUUUGAUUGCAGUGAAUCUGGACCUAAUCGUAAUGAUUACUAUGGAGAUCGCUUUGACCACUUCAGCAACUCUGUAAGGAACCGCAGGAAUCAAUUUUACAACAGAGCACGUGACAGGUCCGGCCAGCAGUGGGGUCAGAACUGGUCUAGAGAUAGACCUCCGAGUAACAGACCUUUCUGGAACAAUCCAUUCUCAUCAUAUUCAAGUUCUGAACGACUAUCUGCACACUGGAAUGAACUGUCAAUAGGAUAUGGAGGCAGGGGUUAUGCUCCCCUCUCCAGGAAUGUCCCUUCGCUCUUCUCCCAGCCCUUUGGUUUUGGGAUGUUCGGCAUGCAGGGAGUAGGAAAGCAAUUUGGAGGUGGCAGACUGCGAAGGAGAGAGAGGAAUCAAUUCAGAAUUAGGGGAGGUAGAGGCCGUGAGAUAGGAUUUGGACGAAAGAGGCAGCCUUCAACCGCAAGCAAUGAUGAACCAGACUCCAAAAUGUCAAGAAUGGACCAGUCAGAUAUUUCAGAUAGUGAAGCAGAAGGAAAAGAGCAAGUUUAUGGAGAUGAUGUUGAAGGUGCUGCACGAGGUGACUCCUGUGCUAACUUUGAGGAAAAAGAUGCAACUGACACCCCUGAAAAGGAGAAAAAAGAGAGUGAUGCAGAUGCUGGUGAGGGACAAGAGGAAAGUAAUGAACUAAAAAUGAAAAUGAAACCAAGGAAGAAACAGCGGGAUCGUAUUACAGAAAGAAUAUUGUAUGCCUGCUCAGUUUGCAAGUUUCGCACCUUUGAUGAUGAAGAAAUUUUCCCCCACUUGGAAAGUAAAUUUCAUAAGGAGAACUUCAAAUUCAUUGGAACUAAGCUUCCGAAGGAAACAGCCGAGUUUUUGCAUGAGUAUGUUUUGAACAAAAAUAAGAAGACAUUGAAAUUUCGUGACUCAAUGGAAGAUAAAAGUGCAAUUAUAAAGAGGAUCCAGGAACAAAACCUCUUGCAUGGUAUUAGUAUUGAAAAUUUUAUGAAGAAGGUAGAAGCUGUCCACUGUAUAGCUUGUGAAAUGUUCAUUCCAAUGCAGAACAAUGCCAUCCAGCGACACAUGAAGACAUUUGACCACAACAGGAAUAGAAAAAUGAUGCUUGAGCAGUCAAAGAAGACUAGUCUUCAAGUAGCUAAGAGUAUACUCAAUAAUCGUAACAUUGUGACCAUGUUGGACAAAUACCUCAAGGGUGAGAAUCCCUUUACUGAAGAAGAUGCUAAAGAAAAUGAAGAUGGUAUAGAUGACCCGUUAGAGGGUGAUGCAGGGGAAAAUAACGAAGAGAAGAAAGAUGAAACCACAGAAGGUGAGCAAGCAGAAAUAAAGCUAGAACCAGGGGAAGAAAGUACUGAAGGUGAUGGUAAAAUUGUCAAUGCAGAUCAGACUAUUGUUGACAAGUCUGAGCAAGGAGCUGAUGCCACUGAUGAAGAAGGGGAAGCAAACCUGACAGGAGACCAAAACAGUGAAGAAUCUCUUCCAGCAGAAGAAACUGCUGAAGUAACUGUCUCAGCCGAAGAUGAAGAUAAAGUCUUGGAAGCUGGUGAUGGAGAAAACCCUGAUGAAAGUACUGAGAGUCCCUCAGGUGGUGGUGAUGCAGAAAAAUUAGAGUAAUUUGCUGUACAGAGGUAUUUGUCUCAUUUGUUAAUUCAGCAUAGAAUUCUCCACAAGUACUCUAUCUGAAUUAAAGCUAUGUUGCUUUAGUCACCACAAGGUUCUUGUAUUGAUCCUAGAACACGUAUUUGGGAUAAUUCAAUGCAAUGAUUGUUCCAAAUCUAGUGUGGCUCUCUUCCUAGCUUUGUCUAGCUAGUUUUAUGUGAAAUGCUGUUCUCUGUGAAAGUGGUUCAUGAGUGCAUUUGCCUUGUUGACUUGCUUUUAAUUUUCCAGAGAAGGUAACACCAAUCCAGGAUAUGAACAGACAUUCUGUGUGAAGUGGCUUUACCUGGUUAAUACUUUCUUCUUAAAAGAAGUUUACAAGUGUCAUUGUAUUGGUCCCUAGCUUAAUAUCAGGGAAUUGGGUGUGACAUUUGCAGUUCCCUGUGUUUCAUAGUAUAAUGCAAUUCUAAAACUAUCUGCUCAUUUCUACGUCUUUUGAUUAAAGAUGUUGAAGGGAAUUUCACAAAAUUAGCUCAAAGAAGCAAAAUAAAGUUGCAUGCUAAUGCUUUAGUGUUUUCAAACUGCCUUUAAUGAUGAGCAGGAGUUAUAUUGUGUAACCAAACUUUCUACAUUUGCUUGUCCAACAGUUUUAAGUGGAAUACAAUUUAUUGAAAAUGUGACAGAAGUUGUUUUCAGCAGAAGUUUUUGCUUAAAAGUUGAGUACAGUUUCCAUUUAUGAGUUUUGUUUUGGGAUUUAGUGAUACUAUCUGGAUACAAAUGGAAUUUAUUUUGUUUUACUGCUGGAAAGAGUAAUAAUUACUUCUGAAAACAAUUGUAUACAAUAAAAUUGC